CAAUGAUAUUAUAUCCUAGAAAGAAAUAGAACAGAAUCAAAAAGCACUUAUAAAGUCCAAGCCAAAACGCAAAAAUAUUAAAGCUAAGAAGAUGUCAGGAAGGUCAACAGCAGGAGAUGACGACGAUGAUUGUAUAUGGUACGAGUGCAAUUUACCCUUUCGUGUAAAUAUUCCAUUUCCCAUCAGUAUGAAACAUAAUUUCCAGCCAUUUGCUGGCAAUAUCAGUCCACAGUUAUAUAAAUCCCUUGUUCCGGCAGGAAAGUUACACCAGAAUAGAUCAAUUCAAAUGCCUAGGCCGUCUGAAUUCUUAAUGCAACGUGCUCUGCCAGCUCCAAAUCCAGAAGAUAGUUCGUCUAUCUCUAAGGCGAUAGCCUUUACAAAGAAAAAAGGACUUAAACGAGGUAGAAAACUAUGUACCUUCGAGACAUCUACUCAAACGAUUGAAGAAGAAUCGGAUCCUGUCUUAUGCUGUUUGGAACAAAUCAGGAUUCAACUGGCUGCCAAAUUUUCUAAUGGAGAAGAGAAGAAGACGUGUCGUUACUUUGCCGAGAAGUCCACAAAUGUGAGAAGUAUUCAAAGGCUGGAAAAUGAAGCGGAUGAGGAAAUGAUAAAGACUUGCCGCUCAAAAGAAUCUCUUAAACUUCAAACCGAGAUAGAUGAUAAAAGCGAAAAAUCAGAUAUAAAAUUGGAGCCUAAGUUAGAUGAUAAAACGGAAAAAUUAGAUUUGAAAUUAGAGCCUAAGAUUCCGAUCGUUUCUUCACCAAAAAGUUCCCAGAAAAGUGUAUCAAUAAACACAUUGCCGCCGCCUCCUCCUGAGCUCAUAAAACUGAAAAGGAAGAAAAAGAAAUCAUCUAAAAUCCUUUCAGAAUCUAACCCUGAGUCCUCUAAAUUUAGUUUGGUUGGAAAAAUCUCAAAUUCAGACAAAUCAAUGCUAUCUGAGGACUUAAGGAAAGCCAAAGAUGCCGACAAAAAAGAUAAUUUAUUUAGUGAUCCCAAACCAGUUUCAGUUUUGCCCGGGUCCAUAUAUCGAUCUCAUUUUAGGUACGGAUGUCAUAUGCCAAGAUGGCAAUAUUAUGGGCCACCCCAAUGUUGCCAAUAUUGUAGCCAAUAUAUCCAGAUGCAAAACCAGAUGUUCAAUAAAACUAAACCUAAAGAGGCUGCCGAUGGUAUUAAAUCAAGAUCUACAGAUUCUGUCCAAGGAAAAAAAUUGAAACCAGAAAUUAUCAGCCAAAAAAAAACCGAGUCUUCUCAUCAAAGACAAGAAAAUAUUGGCAGUGACGAAACCUUGUCAGCAUCUAGCAAAAUAUUUCGUAAGAGUUCUGAAAAUAUAAGCUCAAGUAUUAGGCAUAGCUCAAAAUCAUUUAAAUCAUCUGAAGGAAGCGAGAUUAUUAAUUCUAAAACAAAGAAAUCAUAUAAAGGUCAAAUUAGGAAGAAACUAAACCAAAAACAAAGUCAUCGUAUAACGUCUGGGGGCUCAACUAAUUUUACAAAAAAAUUUAAUAAUGAUCAAAGAGAUUAUAUUCCCUGUCGCCAGAAUACUGAGGAGGCAGUAGACAUGAGCCAACAUUCAAAUAGGCUCCAUAAUGAGCAGGGCAGUUCGUCCGAAUCAUUUAGGACAGACCAGGCGAUCACUGAUAUUGGUGAAUGUUCAAGUAAGACUUCAGAAGAAACAAAAUCCUUUGAAAACUAUAUGAGCAAUUCGUGUGGCCAGAAAAGUGAGAAUUGUGAGGAUCAAUUAAACCACAUGCCUCCGAGUUCUGAUGCAGAUCAAGUUAAAUAUUAUAAUAAUCAGCGCUCGCAUUCAGCACCUAAUGGCUGGAUGCGUCGAUGCACUCAAAACAAAAACAUACCCAGAUCUGGAAAUGCACACCCGUGUCAGCCUCAAAAAGAACCGGCUCAUUUUUCCGGGAAGCAAAAUACUGAAAGUCAAAAAUGUCCUGAACAAGUACUUGUUCUACAGGACGAAACUUGCGAAAGCGAAUCGGAGGAUUAUGAACGACUUGGGUACAAUAAUUACACAACUCACAAUCGAAUGGAAAAAGAAGACCAAGACUGUCGCAAAUUUGCAACUCCGAAUUAUAGUAUAAAUGUCGAUUUUUUAAAGCAAUGCAGGUUGCAAGAGGGAUUCUUAAAUUUUAAUCAAAGACAGAAAAUCCAGCAGGAUCAAACAGGACAAAAUCGACCAUCACUUGUAAUGCCUUUAAGCCAGAAUAAAAAGGAUAAAUGGAGAGAGCUAAAGGCAAAGUUAACUAUGUUAGUGCCCCAUCAAUUACAAAUGGUGCCCAAAACCUGUGAGGUUUCUUUACAAAAUGCGUUGCCAUGCAGAGAUGUCCAUGGCCAACUCGAAAUACCUCAUCCAAUAAAACUGGAGCAUGAUGCACUUCCUCUAUCCUGUUCCCAAUUGUUAAUUACUAACCGUCGAGAUUCAAAUUCAUCUCAGCAAAAGAUCUCAAAGCUUUAUAAGACUGCAAUAAUACGCAAGGUAAUUUUGAAGAAUCCAAAACCCAAUAUGUUUAAAAGCCAAGGUAAUGGUUGUAUCGCAGUUUUCCGAAGAUCUUCCAGAUCGAUCACGCCAACGAGACUGAGUGAUCUAAAACAGAGUUUAUUACCAUGCAAAGGGACCAAAAAAAUAAAUUCGAAGACCUCCUUUGAUUCUGGCCAGCAGUCAUCUGUCUCAAAAUUGUGUGUUGGGGAAAGAAAAGAGAGUCCUCGGUUUUUAAAGCAAUGCAAUGAUUUAGGAUCUAAUACAUCGAUAGAAAGUAGGGAUAGUUUUAAGUUCAAAGGAAGUCCAUCUUACACUGUGCUUCAAGUAAUUCAAAAGGAUUCAAAGGCUUUUGGAGUCCAACUUCAAGAAAAACAAGAUAAAUACAAUGGAAAUAGGAGAACAAAUUCCGAGAAUGAUGAGACUCAUACUUUGUAUGGCCAAUCCGGUUUUAGAUCUGAUCGAAGCAACCAAGAUAGUUAUCAAGACUUGAGAAGGACACGAAAUUUAGCUAUUGGUAAGGCAGAAGGUUAUACUCCGAACCAACCAAAUGAUGCCAGCUUAACCUGGACUGAGCCAGCUGGAUAUUCUAAAUUAGAAGUUCCCCUGGGUGAUUCUAGUCAAACCAAAUCCAUGGCGCGCUCAAAUGCUACCUUAAGAUCUACUGACGUGGAAACACUGGAAACGGUUACCCUCAUGCAACCUCGAAAACUCAGCAGUACUGAAAGUGCGAGGAUCGAAAUCCCCGAUACGGGCAUCGAGAAGACCUUUCUUAUGGCGACCAGAACUCCUUGUGACAGGGAAAAUCUGCUUCAAACCUGCGGAAGACCUCCCUGUACCCAUUGUCCCCAGCGAUAUACCGGACUUCCCCCUAACCUACCUCAAGGAUUUAUGAUAUCACAGCCCCCUGACCAACCACAAACAUCUAGAAGCGCCCCACAAAAUAGAACACCGUUUAGUGAAAAUUACUUAAUAGAUCCGCGUGAUCAGUGGAGGACUACAAAAUCACCUGCUUCUGCACCAGUUAUGCAAGCUCAAUUUCAGCAGCCUCCUAUGCCAACAUUUAGUCAAAAUCUCCAGUUUCAGGAUCCUGUAUAUCCCCCGAGUCCUUUCUACUACCCUCAAGCUUUACAAGAGAAUAUACAAACGCUUCCGGAGGGAUUCUAUGAUCAGACCGUUAACAAGUACAACAUAACUCGCAUGGAUUCCAACUUUCAGCCGCCAUCUCUUAGAUCCGAAUUUCUUUACGCAUUGCAAUCGCCACAGCAAUAUUUUUUAAGACCACACAGCAAUCAAUUCCCAAAGCAGCUGGUAAUGGGAUCCGUUCCAGACCAAAAUCAUCCUUUUAUUCCGCCUCAGAAUCAAUUGUUCCAACCUCAACUGCAAAGUCAGAAUAUGAUGUUCCGCCCUCAGCAAAAUGUCAAAUUGGAUGAAUACCUUCAAUCAGAAUACCAUAUUUAA